AGCUCACUCAACCAGCCCAAGCACUGGACGAUCCCGCAGCCGUCAGAUUUUAGCUUCCAGCGGUACAGUCGCACAGCCUUAUGGCGCCAUUGGUCAUGGGCCUGAGGGGCUGAGCUGCCCUGACAGGGUAGUCUGUGCUACUUAAACAUGACUCUGACCGAGGGGUUUCAUUCAUCUGUACCCCGCUUACUCGAUCGUCCAUCCUUCGUGUCUUAUCUUGUCUUAUCUUGCCCUGACUGUCCUCGUCUCUUCUCGUCUCGCCUCGAUCCUGACUCCAAUCGGAUCGUUCCCCAUCUCCGCUGCUAAUUAGGUAGCCAACCGACCGACCAAAUGGCCUCCCCGAACAGCAUCUCCCUCCAGGUGACCGUCCACAUCGACCCGUCCAACGUGGACCGGUUCCUGGAGGCCUUCAAGCCCGUCUACGAGAAGACCAUCGCCGAGCCGGAAUGUACUUUUUUCGAGCUGUACCAGGACCCGCAGAGUCUGGGGACGUUGUCGUGGGUGGAGAAUUGGUCCGAGACCAAAGAGUGGUUGCUGAAGAACCAAGUCACGAAGGAGUACUACCGCGAGUACUUCGCCAUCACGGAGCCCAUGUUCGUCAAGCCGCGCGAGAUCAAGCUGCUGCACCGCCUGGGGGAGCCGUUGACGAUGGUGAAGCGGGCGAAUGGGCGAUUGCUGGAUUGAGUGCUUUUUCCGGUGGUGGAGAUUCAACAUCGGAUGCGAUCUAGCGCUCUGGCCUGGUCUCUGCUCUGGGUUCUGGCCUUGGGCUGUGGGUGUGGGUGUGGACUGUUGGUUGAGACAAGGGAAGCGAUGGAUGGAUGUUGCUGGGCAUGGGUGGUAUCUAGCUGGCUAGUACGGUUGAAAUAUAGUGUUUUACUGCAGGAUGCGAUCCUCUGAUCCUUUAUACUAGCGAUGUAGUAAUGUUGUCGCUUGUCGGUGGUUGUAGUGACAGUGGAGCGGCUUCGAGGCUGGGCGAUGGAAAGC